UGUUAGGAAGAGGCCGAACUCCUAGCGGCAUAUUUGGUUUUGGCCUUUUGGCAUUCAUUCUGUCUCCGUCCGCCCAACUCAACUCAGCGUCCCCGAAACUCAGUUUUAUAGCUCCGUCGCCGUCCAUCCCCACACGUCCGUCGUCUGUCGUCACCAUUUGGGGAAAAUGCUAGGUCGUCUGGCAGCCACGCGCCUCCUGGAGAUCCGUCAAGCUUUCCGGGGAGCUGCUCAGGCUUCCCGGUCGUUCUCAACUGCUCUCAACUAUCACAUCGAUUCACCGGAUAACAAUCCGGACAUGCCAUGGGAGUUCAAUUCCAAAAACCAAGAGAAGGUAAUGACUGAAAGUUAUGGCAAUCUACAGAGCAUUUCUCUGGAUCUGGCGCAACAGCAGCAUGGAGGAUGGCUUCCAGUUUCGGCAAUGAAUGCGGUAGCUAAAGUUAUCGGUGUUGCUCCCAUUCGCGUCUAUGAAGUUGCAACAUUUUAUUCCAUGUUCAACCGAACACCUGUUGGCAAGUACCACCUUUUAGUUUGUGGAACAACCCCAUGCAUGAUACGUGGGUCUCGAGAUAUUGAAGAUGCGCUACUGAAACACUUAGGAGUGAAACGCAAUGAAGUAACAAAAGAUGGUCUCUUCUCUGUUGGUGAAAUGGAAUGUAUGGGAAGCUGUGUAAAUGCACCAAUGAUUACCGUUGCAGAUUACUCUAAUGGAUCAGAAGGAUACUCGUAUAAUUAUUAUGAAGAUGUCACUCCAAAACGAGUUGUGGAGAUUGUUGAGUUGCUGAGAAAGGGGGAAAAUUGCCAGUAAGGCCUUAUAGUCUUUCUGCUGUUUGAUUGCUUUCAUCGACUAUGAUAUUACUCUGAAUUUAACUACCAAAUUCCUCUUCAUUGUUAGCCUGGAACGCAAAACCCAAAACGUAUCAUGAGUGGACCAGAAGGAGGCAAUACUACUCUGCUCACAGACCCUAAACCUCCUCCAUGCCGGGAUCUUGAUGCUUGCUAAGUUCUGGUACAUGUCAGCUUCCAAUAAUGCAAAAGCGUUUAAGGUCACCGAGUAUCAUCGGUCUGCUGCUCUUUGUUCUGCCUUUGAGGCUAACCAAAUUUUUUUGUACUUUUAUGUCUGCCACUGAGUACUUGGCAAAGAUAUAUGAACUCGUGGCACAAUUUCGUAGUGGUGUUAACGGCUUACCAGAACAGUGUGUCAUGGUUGGUUUCCAUAAAUCCUUGGUUCACCUGAAAUGGGAUGUUAUGCUUUUAUGGUACUGGUUGUGGCGGCCAGCUGCGUCCAGAGUGUUAGUUUUAAGCCAUCAAUAAAAAUGUCGAUUGAUGAUUAUUCAUUCCUCAAAGCAGAGGUUUGCCACUCCUUUCCAUGCUCUCGUAUUAUGGUAUGAAGUUCCUUCUUGCAGAC